AUGUCUGAGGAGAGCACGGAGAAGCAAGAGGCGGUGAAGGAAGAAGAGAUGGCGGGGGAAGAAGGCGGGAAGGAGCCGGAGUUGGCCCGUGAAGAAGCCGGUGUGAAGGAGGAAGUGGCUGAGGAAGGAGAGUCUGAAAAUGAUUUCACUUUUAAACUAACGGAAAGUAAUGAUGGAGAUCCUGCUUAUGAGGAGAAAAGGAAAACAGACCGGUCCAACAGAUUUGAGUAUCUUCUGAAACAGACAGAGUUGUUUGCACACUUUAUACAGCCAGCUGCACAGAAAACCCCAACCUCACCACUAAAAAUGAAGCCUGGGCGCCCUCGGUUAAAGAAUGACGAGAAGCAAAAUUUAAUAUCUGCUGGAGAUAAUCGACAUCGGAGAACUGAGCAGGAAGAAGAUGAAGAGCUGUUAACGGAAAGUUCAAAGACCACAAAUAUUUGUACUAGAUUUGAGCAGUCACCGUCUUAUGUAAAAGGUGGCACAUUAAGAGACUAUCAAGUCAGAGGCUUGAACUGGUUGAUUUCUUUAUAUGAAAAUGGAAUAAAUGGCAUCCUGGCUGAUGAAAUGGGUCUAGGUAAGACUUUACAGACCAUUACUCUUCUUGGAUAUAUGAAGCAUUACAGAAGCAUUCCUGGGCCUCACAUGGUGUUAGUUCCGAAGUCUACCUUGCACAAUUGGAUGUGUGAAUUCAAAAGAUGGGUGCCAUCUUUGCGUGCAGUUUGUCUUAUAGGUGACAAGGAUCAACGAGCAGCCUUUGUUAGAGAUGUUCUUUUGCCAGGUGAAUGGGAUGUUUGUGUGACAUCUUAUGAAAUGCUCAUUAAGGAGAAGUCUGUUUUCAAGAAGUUCAAUUGGCGAUACUUGGUUAUUGAUGAAGCCCACAGGAUUAAGAAUGAAAAAUCAAAGUUGUCUGAAAUUGUGAGGGAGUUCAAGACGACUAACCGCCUCCUCCUAACAGGAACCCCUCUUCAGAAUAAUUUGCAUGAACUUUGGGCUCUUCUAAAUUUUCUUUUGCCUGAUGUUUUUAACUCUUCAGAGGAUUUUGACUCCUGGUUUGAUACCAAUAACUGUCUUGGAGAUCAGAAACUAGUGGAACGUCUUCAUCUGGUGUUGAGGCCAUUCCUCCUCCGUCGUAUUAAGGCUGAUGUGGAGAAAAAGCCUUCCCCCCAAGAAAGAAAUUAAAAUCUAUAUUGGUCUUAGUAAGAUGCAAAGAGAAUGGUAUACCAGAAUCCUGAUGAAGGAUAUUGACAUUUUGAAUUCUUCAGGGAAGACUGAUAAAAUGCGACUUUUAAACAUCCUAAUGCAGCUGCGAAAAUGUUGUAAUCAUCCUUAUCUCUUUGAUGGUGCUGAGCCAGGCCCACCAUACACUACAGAUAUGCACUUAGUUACUAAUAGUGGCAAAAUGGGUAGUCCUGGACAAAUUGCUUCCAAAACUGAAAGAACAAGGAUCACGUGUACUGAUAUUUAGCCAGAUGACAAGAGUUUUGGACAUCUUGGAAGAUUAUUGCAUGUGGCGAAACUAUGAAUAUUGCCGACUGGAUGGGCAAACACCACACGAUGAAAGACAGGAAUCGAUUGUUACAUACAAUGCUCCCGGCAGCUCAAAAUUUAUUUUUAUGUUGAGCACACGUGCAGGUGGUCUUGGCAUUAACCUUGCUACUGCUGAUGUUGUCAUUAUAUAUGAUUCAGAUUGGAACCCUCAAGUUGAUCUUCAAGCCAUGGAUAGGGCACACAGAAUUGGACAAACAAAAACUGUCAGAGUCUUCAGAUAUAUCACAGAUAAUACAGUUGAAGAACGUAUUGUGGAGAGAGCAGAAAUGAAGCUACGCUUGGAUUCCAUCGUCAUUCAGCAAGGCAGAUUAGUGGACCAAAAUUUAAAUAAAAUUGGAAAGGAUGAAAUGCUUCAGAUGAUUCGACAUGGUGCCACGCAUGUGUUUGCAUCAAAGGAUAGUGAAAUCACUGAGGAAGAUAUUAACGCUAUCUUGGAAAGAGGUGAAAAGAAGACUGCAGAACUAAAAGAAAAGCUCUCAAAUAUGGGUGAGAGUUCAUUGAGAAACUUCACUAUGGAUACAGAGUCCAGUGUAUACAACUUUGAAGGUGAAGAUUACAGAGAGAAGCAAAAGAUGGCAUUUACAGAGUGGAUUGAACCGCCGAAACGUGAAAGAAAAGCCAAUUAUGCUGUGGAUGCAUACUUUAGGGAAGCACUUCGUGUUAGUGAACCAAAAAUACCAAAAGCUCCUCGCCCACCAAAACAGCCAAAUGUUCAGGAUUUUCAGUUCUUUCCUCCAAGAUUGUUUGAGUUAUUGGAAAAGGAAAUUCUGUACUAUAGAAAAACAAUUGGUUACAAGGUCCCACGCAAUCCUGAUUUACCUAAUGCAGCCCAGGCACAAAAGGAGGAACAGUUAAAGAUUGAUGAAGCAGAGCCACUUAAUGAUGAGGAGCUUGAAGAAAAGGAAAAAUUGCUGACACAGGGCUUUACCAAUUGGAACAAAAGAGACUUUAACCAGUUUAUCAAAGCUAAUGAAAAAUGGGGACGAGAUGACAUUGAAAAUAUUGCUCGUGAAGUUGAAGGCAAAACUCCAGAUGAUGUAAUGGAGUAUUCAGCUGUCUUUUGGGAAAGAUGUAACGAACUUCAGGAUAUUGAAAAAAUAAUGGCUCAAAUAGAAAGAGGAGAAGCCCGCAUACAGAGGAGAAUAAGUAUCAAGAAAGCUCUGGAUACGAAGAUUGGUCGCUACAAAGCACCUUUUCAUCAGCUAAGGAUAUCAUAUGGCACAAAUAAAGGAAAGAACUACACAGAAGAGGAAGACCGAUUUUUAAUAUGCAUGCUACACAAACUUGGUUUUGAUAAAGAAAAUGUAUACGAUGAACUCAGGCAGUGUAUUCGUAACUCUCCACAAUUUAGAUUCGACUGGUUUCUGAAAUCAAGAACUGCAAUGGAACUGCAAAGAAGAUGUAAUACUUUAAUCACAUUGAUUGAACGGGAGAACUUAGAGUUAGAAGAGAAAGAGAAAGCAGAGAAAAAGAAACGUGGACCAAAGCCUUCUUCGGUAAGACUUUAA